UCUUAGUCCAAUCACUCCGUGACUCCAUUCAUUCAAUAUCUAACCUCCAUCCUCAAUCCUUCCCUCUGUUAAUUAAUACACCACGUAUCUAUGUCAAUGUGCAAUCUACCUAGCUUGCUAUAUAUAUGGAGAGAUUGGAUGAUAAUUCGUAAGUUGUGGUGCUGAAUUUUGGAUAUGGGCUGCGAUUUAUGUGUUAUACAUGGCAAAUACUACUCGUCGCUCCAUUGAACUCGAGCCUAAGACCUUAAAUCAAGGCCAAAUCUCCCAAGCUAGGAAAGUAGCUGCAGAUGUAGUGCAGAAGAUGGAACCAAAGGAAGCCUCAUCUCUUUUCACAGAGGUGGAGGAGAUGAUGGAUGGAGAUGAAGAGAAAGUGGUUGAGAAGCAAGUGGGAUGCAUGAACAAGAUAGAGAUGAUGGAGGAGAAAGCUUGCAAUAAUAUCAUCAACUUGUACUCUCCAGCCAUGGUUGAUUCCCCAUCAGAUCAUCAGCUCCACACUAUUCACCAAAACGAACCUCUUUCUGCUCCGUUUUGAUUUUAUGCAUCAAACAAUAUAUUACUAUAUUACCUGAUCAGAUUGUAAUAAAACCACUUGAUUCCCCGACAAAUGUUGAUUCAAUUUGUCCGGCCCAUAACUUACAAAUACAAUUGCAGGAUCAAAUCUUAUUACUAAUAUAUGAAGGAACUGUUGAUGAGCGAUCUA